UGAGAGGAGGUGCAUCUGAAGCAUAACAGGAUUCACUCUUUCUGCAAACUGAGCGCAAGAGAGAGCACUUCUGUUCAAAAUGUCUUCAAAUGAGUUUGAAUCCCUGGAGAAGAUACUGGAAGCACAUCUACCCGAAGCAGAGCUCAAAGAGGUCAGGAGACUGCUGUUCGGAAAAGAGUUGAAGAAGCUGAGCCUUCCCAAGGGUGCAAUAGAUGCUGCAGCGGAGCAAGAUUUUGAUCUGAAGGGUUAUGUGUUUGAAGCAGCGCCAGAGCAGCUCAGACCACCCAGGAGUGUCCGUGUGGGACUAAUUCAGAACAAGAUAGUCCUACCCACUGAUGCCCCUGUGCUUGAACAGAUCACAGCUCUGCACAAGCGAGUGGGUGAGAUGGUAGAGGUGGCGGCUAUGUGUGGGGUCAAUAUAGUGUGCUUCCAAGAAGCCUGGACGAUGCCUUUUGCUCUCUGUACAAGAGAGAAGCAGCCCUGGACAGAGUUUGCCGAAUCGGCUGAAGAUGGACUCACCACACGCUUCUGUGUUCAGCUGGCCAAAAAAUACAACAUGGUGGUGGUGUCUCCCAUCCUGGAGCGAGAUGAGAUCCAUGGUGGAACGGUGUGGAACACUGCAGUAGUGGUGUCCAAUAAUGGCAAUGUUCUGGGCAAAUCACGGAAGAAUCACAUUCCCCGUGUGGGAGACUUCAACGAGUCGACAUAUUACAUGGAAGGCAACACAGGUCACCCUGUAUUCCAGACACAGUUUGGAAAGAUUGCCAUUAAUAUCUGCUACGGCCGGCACCACCCUCUCAACUGGUUAAUGUACAGCAUGCAUGGGGCCGAGAUCAUCUUUAACCCAGCAGCCACAGUUGGAGCGCUCAGUGAACCAAUGUGGCCAAUUGAGGCCAGAAAUGCUGCUAUCGCAAACCAUUGCUUCACCUGUGCCAUCAACCGCGUGGGCACGGAGUAUUACAAGAAUGAGUUCACAUCUGGGGAUGGAAAGAAAGCGCACCAUGACUUUGGACACUUUUAUGGCUCCAGCUAUGUAGCUGCACCCGACGGCAGCAGAUCCCCAGGACUGUCCCGAACUCGUGAUGGUCUGUUGGUGACAGAGAUGGACUUGAACCUAAAUCGCCAGAUCGCAGACAAAUGGUCCUUUAAGAUGACAGGGAGGUAUGAAAUGUAUGCAGAGGAGCUGACCAAAGCUAUCCAGCAUGACUUCAAACCCAACAUUACUGAGUGACAAACUUUCUCCUGAAAGUCCAACACUGCAGAUUGCUUUUUCGGAGUCUGGAAGCUGGAGGAGAACCACACAUCUUCACAAGGGAUAAGACUAGUUGAUGAUCUUGUCUCCGUACUUGAAUUUUGCAAAAUAACUGCAAGAUUUAUGAAUUUUAUCCUUUCAUUCUUAGGUCAAUAACGAAAGUAGGCAUUUUUGAAUAAAAUACAAAUCCGACUUUUAUUUUAUUUUCAUAAAUGCAACUAUGUAUUUCAUAAAAAUAAAGUUUGCCAUAUCAA